AUGGCAUCUAAAGCUUUUCCCUUCUUCUCAUUUGUAAUUCUCCUUUUUCUCCUCUCUCAAUAUUCAGUUUUAGCAGACAACACCAAUGACAAAAAUCAAUCACCAUUUGAGUUCAUCAAUCAUCUCCAAGGUUGUCAUAAAGGCGACAAUGUUAAAGGCAUCAAUGAGCUCAAAAAAUACCUUGAAAAGUUUGGUUACUUGAACUAUAGCUCUUAUACAAAUCAAAAGCAUGCGAAUGAUGAUGAUUUUGAGGAGCUAUUAGAAUCAGCUAUCAAAACCUACCAGCUUAAUUACCAUCUGAAGAAAACUGGAGUUUUGGAUCCCAAAACUAUAUCCAAAAUGAUAAUGCCUCGAUGUGGAAUGGAAGAUAUUGUCAAUGGUAAAACUCGGAUGCGAUCUGGCCACAAAAGGCAAAAUGCCUCUGGCCAUUUCCAUACUGUCGCUCACUAUAAUUUUUUACCUGAAAACCCUAAUUGGCUAGCAAACAAGUACCAUCUCACAUAUGCAUUCCUCGCAGGGACCCCUGUGGAUGCCAUGAACCCUGUUGCUAAAGCUUUCACAACAUGGGCUGGAAACACUCAUUUCACAUUCUCAGUGACUCAGGGCAUUGGACACGCAGAUCUCAGAAUUGGUUUCCCCCAUGGAUAUCAUGGAGAUGGCAGUCCUUUUGAUGGGCAUGGUGGAGUCCUGGCUCAUGCUUUUGCCCCAGACAAUUGGAGGUCCCAUUACGAUACGAACGAGACAUGGUAUGUGGGUGCAGUAGAAGGUGCAAUCGACUUGGAGAGUGUCGCAUUGCAUGAAAUUGGGCAUCUUUUUGGACUGGGACAGAGCUCAGUUGAGGGAGCUAUCAUGUUCCCUACUAUUCCCCCUGGAGUGACAAAUGGGAACUUGCAUGGCGAUGACAUUCAAGGUAUCAGGGCUUUAUAUAAUGUUUAA